ACGUGUGAGUGUGCCAUCUGAUCGGGGCGAGAUGAAGGAGUUUCGGGAGCAAGAAUGCAUGCGUUUCAUUGGCGAUCACUCGCACCGACCAGAUGGCACACUCAGACGUCCACGUGUCACGUCCUGAACAAGCGUGACCACGCUGAUGGAUACGGCGCUCUAUGCGACAAUGGGGCUAUAUGCGGCAGAAGAAUGGAUGCGAGGCUCCAAUAUAGCCCCGCACCCACCAGCGUGGCCACGCAUGUUCAGGACAUGACAUUCGGACGUGUGAGUGUGCCAUCUGAUCGGGGUGAGAUGAAGGAGUUUCGUGAGCAAGAAUGCAUGCGUUUCAUUGGCGAUCACUCGCACCGAUCAGAUGGCACACUCAGACGUCCACGUGUCACGUCCUGGACAAGUGUGGCCACGCUGAUGGAUGCAGGGCUCUAUCUGAUCGUCGCCACGCAUGUUCAGGAGCUGUCACGUGGACAUGGAAUGGCUUCACACGGACGAGGCCGCUCCGCUGGUGGUUCCGCCCCGCAUGGAGAGGAGCGUCGAGGGACGACGUCGUCGCCGGCAAGGGAAACGAGUCGGGGAGUUGGAGGUGCGGAGGAAGAACGACGUGCUCAAAACUUGUGGUGCGACUACAACAAACGUGUCAGGUAUUUUGACUGGGCGAGCCAGGACGGCCCCGACCCUUUGCAACCACCGUACGGGCCGCUCUUGUUCGUCGCCGUUCGCGCCCACAGAACGCGUCUCGCAGGGUCCAUCGUCCAGUGGGUCGAGGAUGGCGAAUACAAUUUCAAGUUUACGUUGAAGAAGCAUUACAGAGGUGAUGGUUCUGUCGAUGGCAUCGCAAAGGGAUGCAAGGUUGCCGGGAGGAUGUUCGGCGGGUACGACCGUCGUGCGAUGUCUUUCCCUCACUUUGUCCUGCUAGCGCCGGGGCACGACGAGGCCGUUCAUGUCACAGACUUCCUCGAGGUCUGGGCGGAAUCUGGUACCUCUAUCAGUGCCGUGGACGUCGGACCUGGAACAUCGAUCACUGGUCCUGUUGGGUUCGCGGGAAGAGAGUGCUCUGAAGGGGGGAUGGGAGGUCUGGGUUGCGUGCCAGCUACGCCUCCUCAUCAAGACGUGGGCAUGUCAGACGACUCGGAGGACGACCAUCCGCGUGCUCCUUUGAAACCGGGCCUUUAUGUAUCUCGCCGCCACGGUUUGCUUGGGGAGUCGACGCCACAUGGAGGCAGCGAUGGCGAACGGUUGCGACAGGGCUCAGAAUCGACGACUCCUCGUGGUCUGGUCGAAAGGAUCGGUUCGAAAGUGCAUGGGUCAGAUGAGACGACUCGCCGGGCCCGACCAGCGCCGGCACAACUGCAGACGGAGUUGAGCCAGGAACGAGAAGCAAGUGGGAACGUCGCCGGUGAGGAGGAGGUGUCCGAGCAGGGGCUGUUCCGUGAGAGAUCGGCUGAAAAGACUCAGCCAGGAGGCAAGCGCAACUUGCAWGAUGAGGAAGACCGAGAGGGAGUAGGUGCUCUGAAAAGGCAGAGAAAGGCAGGAGGGAGUGAUCGGACGCCAACAACACGAGAGGGCGGUUCAGUUGAGAAGAGGAAAAGGGUUGGAGGUGGGGAUGAAACGCCAAAAGACUCGUCGACACGGCGAARAACCGGUGAGUCUUCCRGGAAACKGUCGAAAUCAUCGAGGGGGAAGAAAGCAGACGAGGGCGACAGCGGGGAGGGGGUUGACGAYGUGGAGAUUAACCUCAACGCCUUUAACCUCGACAAUGCGCUCUUCCUCGAGAUGCAGACAGGGGUGCAGAAGGACGUCGUGUUGCACAUCCAUCCCGAAAGAAUAUUAGCUAUUCCAGACUGGGAAGACGCGUACAACCACCGAUCCUUGGACGAGUUCCUCGUUGAUACUAUCGCGUCGGCUAUGAUCGACUGCUACGAACGCAAAGACAUGAGAUACACGAAGCCCAUUUUCGUUCUCGCUCAGAUCGACGAGGUGCGAAAGUGGGUGCGGUUCAUKGCGUUGGCAAUGAAGAAGACGYCGUACACGCCUAUCUGGAACCUGUCAACGGAAGCAAARAAAAGAAAGGAAUGRGCUGAGAARCUUCGAUACUACCUCCCGCUGGCCAUGGCAGAUGACUCCGUCUUCGCUUUCGGGUURAAGUUCUAUGAGGAGUGGUCGAAAGGRAAACUCCUUGCUUCCGACGGCCGRCGUUGGACUGAAAAGCCGCCCACCCAUGAGGAGGUUGCCAAGCCARGACUCUCCACUGUGACUKACARCCAGGGGCUGAAGAAACACGUSUGGUACGUGAAGGUGGACGACCCGUCGUUGAAAAAGGGCAGGGGGAAGCCAAAGAAAGGCGCGGAGGAGAAAACUUUGUACGUCCAAGUUCCGGAGCCGGAUGUCCACUGCUGGAAGGAAUUGGUGGACUUGAMAGAYCGCGAAAAGAAAAGGKUGUUGAACGGCGUCUUGAACCUUAACGUCGUGUGGGUUCAAACGAGUAGCAAGAAGUUGGCCGAGCAGGGGAAGUUCAGUGUCAAGGAGAUGGUCGACAUAAUAAAAAUGGACCGGAUUAUGCUGAGGCUGUGGCACUAMGUGGAGUUCSAGUACGAGGAAAUGRAUAAGCGGGAGUGGAAUGCCAACUCCACGUUCUUCAGGUCCAAGAARCAACUGUUCGAAGAGUUCAAGGACAGAGGUCUCGACGACAAGCUUUGGAACGAGAGCAAGAAAUUUUUCACGGAUACCACAUACGUCAACAAGUGCCCUCAGUUUCUCGGGUGUCAACACGACAACAACAUCAAGAGAACGGCGRCCCUCGUCAACGACMAGCAUUUCSCGRCRGAGUGGAAGCGUGUCGUCCUUUCGGUGAUCACRGGAGAUCGCGCCMAAGGCAAAAAARAMCCUYGGGGCGUUGAUGAAUGCAUYAAYAUUAUGUGGAYGAGGACAAGCGCCUUGAMGACGCUGACCCAGUUUAACGUCGACCCAUUGAGUGCCAGAGAUCAUAAGGAGGCRCUGGGAAAACUAGGGCAUCAGCUACGCUCCCACACUUGCGUGCUCGACUUAUGCGGUACUGUGGACCGUGCGCGAUGGGACUCUGGGGCAUUCGCAUCUCURAGUGAGUUGCAGGGCUUCGUUUGUCAGGACUACUGGACAUUGGUGGUAUUCGUCCCCUGCCUGUGGAACCUCUCCUUCAUGACAUGUUUGUCUGCGCUUGGGGCUACCCGAUGCUACACGGGGAAGUGGAUUCGGAAGACGGCAUCGAAGAAGACGCAUCAGUUCGGAAACAGCGUUUGGGAGGAGCCGAAUGUGAUGCACAUCCUUUUCAAAGGCGAGGAUCCUCGAAAACUGACUCACCCGAGGGGGGCUCUGCACAAGGACGGCGAGCAGAAUCCGAAUCAGUUGUGCAAUCAACUUCUUUUCUUCUGUGGUGUGGCGGAUGUCGUGCUGUUCUUGGGCAAACCACACGCGCAGGUGGUGUGGAGUCUGCUUCAGCAGGGAAGGCACAUCUUGGCCGUGGAUGGGGACACAACGCAGCUCGAAUACACCGUGCAGUAUGUCACCCAUGAAGUGUCGUCCAAGGCUUACCCAUGCGAUUUCCACUAUGUCAUGGUCGAGCCUGUUUAUGACCGGAACAAGGACAUGUUCUUCAAGUUGACUCCGAAGAAAAGGCGCCAGGUCUACUCCUUCCUUUACGGCGAACAACCAAGGUUGAGAUUUGACCCGCAGUACGUGGUGCGUAAGGAAGUCGCCAUUGCGGUCCUCCACGGCUACCACGGAGCGAGUCGGGUCAGCGCUGUGAGCUUCAUUAGGAGGCUAGAAUAUGUCUUUUUUAACGAGGGUGUUGUCGAUCUGGCCGACUUCACUUUGGAUAAGUACAAGCUAGCAUUCGGUGAGGAGGACGACUUCAAUAUCGAGAUUGAGCAGGAGGAGAGCGUUGAGGACGACCUCUUCGAUUUGGACGGGCAAUUGGCCAGCUUCAACGCCCAAGUUUCUAAGUCGCCAUCAGUAUGCAAACCGGGGACACCUCUCGCUACACCUACCUCGGGCAGUCCCACGCCCGUGUCCUCCUCAGCGCCUGUCAAGAGGGGUGGGUUGUCCCGUCUGAGGAGUUCCCCGGGGGAGCCUAUUCGUCUCACGCCGCAGCCCAAACGUCUUCGACCCGGCCAUCCAGUUCCUCCGGACCAUCCACAUCUCAAGGCUCCUACGACUCCCUUCCAUAUGGGCGACAAACACACCUUCUCCACAGCCGAAGAUUGGGGCCAUGAUAUCGUGUGGCACCCAGACCAUUUUCGGCCAGUCCUUUUCGACGGCGAAUGGGCAGUGGCUGUGAGGGACGUAAGUGGAGGGUGGAUAUAUGACGAUCGUUGGGACCUCGAGAUAUUCGAAUCUUGCGCCUACGAUGCGGUAUUGGAGAGAUUAAGUGAGGUCAAUCGACGAACUAAGGACGACCCUGCUCUUCGCGAAUACGGGGACACGCUGUUCGAGUUCUUGCAGUCAAAUAAAUGGCUGGAAGUGUCCUCCGCGUUCUACGCCCUUCCGUCAAGCCCGUCAAUUAAGCAAGUGAGUUGGGAGUUGCUUGAGGUCACCCCACCGGCAGGAGUUGUGAAGCGCAAGUCUCGCGGAAAGGACGGCGACGGGGAUGGUGAAGGCGGCGGGCAACGAGGUACCGGAGGUGGAAGUGAACMGCGUUCGACGAAACAGCGGUCUCCGGGGCACGCAGGCGGCGGAGAGGGGAAGAAGGGCAGCCAGGAGAAGAAAAAUCCUCGCAGCGGAGAGAAGAUGAAGCAUCACAGAGGAGACGGGCAAGGGUCCGAUGUCGACCGCGAUGAGGACGGUGGGGUCCUGGCGGUAACAGGCAGCACCUCAAUGGAGACGGGAAACGACUUGAGUGCUGGGUGUAUUACGCGGCCUGGCGAGCAGGACCUUGUGAUUAGCUCCACCAGCGAAACACAGUUUGUCGAUGCGGUUGGCGGGGCGGGUGAAGUUCGGAUUAAUCUGAACCGCGAAGGUCGUGCCAUCGAGGGAGCACAACUGUCUACAGAACUUGAACGGGUGGUCCGUGUUUUCGAAAACCCUGGCAACGAAAUUCGGAUUCAUCUGAACCAGGAAGCCGUGUCUGCCAUGACAGACGAUCGGUGUGAAGAUGCAGGAAUGCUUUGCGUGGAAGCCCACAAGGAGCUGCAGGCGGACUGUCCGACUGAGGGGUUUCCUCGAGAUGGAAGAGCGGUCCUUGAAGACGUUAUCUGCUCCCGGUUGCCGCUCACUAUCAUCGUCGCGCGUUUGUCGUCGCACAGUUUACAGGUAUCCGUCAAGGACAUCGUCGCACUCGUGGAUAGAUCCGGGGAGCUCAACGAUGAGGUUGUCAAUUUCUACAUGGCGAUGCUACUGGACGACUGCGGCCGGACUGCCGCUACCAUGAAGACAUACACCUUUAACUCCUUCUUCGCCUCUUCACUGCUUCUGCGAGGUCCGGCAACUGUUCUCAGAUGGGCUAAAGAUGUCGACCUCCUGUCUCAUGACCUCGUCUUGGUACCAGUGCACAAGGACGGCGAACACUGGAGCCUUUUAGCCAUUGACUUCUCUAGACGUGUUUUGGAAAUCUAUGAUUCUUUCUCGUGUUCGUCAUCCAAAGAUUCCUUCUACUCCGCAUUUCUGGAUAAGACUGUUAAAUUUUUGAACACGGUGGCAGGUGCCGUCGGUGAAAGUCGCACUUUCGACCACUUCGCUCGCGAGGUCCGCGUGAAAGGUGUCCCUCGGCAGCACGACGGGGCUAGUUGUGGGGUGUUCAUGUUGAUGUUCGAUUCCUGUUUGGCGAGAGGUUUAUGUCCACCUUUUGGUUUCUCCCAUAGACACAUCUCCUCUAUCAGAACUAGACUAGCUUUGGCGAUUUGCGAUGUUGGUAGGUAGGCGUCUAUCUCUUUGUUGAUCAUGUAGUGUAGACGGGUUGACGUAGAAGAACAUUUCGUUCUUCUCCGGACGAAAUUUGUUCCUUUUCAUUUUUUCCGUGAGGGACUGGUGGGUGUUCUCGGUUUGGUUCAGAGCAGA